AUGUCCACUCCAUUGGUCCGCAAGGAAUCAUCGGCGGCUUUAUGCAAUCUCGCUGAUGAAUUCGAUAAACACAUUAGCGUGUUGAAUAAGUUGGAGGUUCCCAAGGAGCACUGGAAUUCUUUUUUGGUUGAGUUGCUCAGUAGCAAGCUCGAUCCGUCGACCCAAAAGGAGUGGGAAAACCAAUUAGCAGAUGAUGUGCGGCCGGUGUAUGCCGAUCUAGUUGCCUUUAUUCAGAAACGGUCGCGCGUUCUGCAAUCUAUUACGCUCUCCCAACCUCUAACCCCUGUUGCCAGAACCGAACCAAAGCAUGAGUCCAAACCGUACCGUUCAAAAACCUCCUCGUACCACUCUGCCAACAAUGAUAACACACCGAAAUGCAUUCUCUGCAAGCAGUCGCACAUGCUCUCGCUGUGUGACGAUUUUAAGAAGCUAACACCACAAAAGCGCUUCGAGUUGGCAAAAAGGCAAGGUUUGUGUUUGAACUUCCUAAAAUCAUCACAUUUGAUGAAGAACUGUUCUGCGGGUUCGUGUCGGACAUGCAACAAACGCCAUCAUACUCUGUUGCAUUUGAAUCCAAAUACUAGUACAGAAAUCCAUGAUAAGUCCGUAGCGGCACAGGUGGGUCAAUGUCAACAAUUCUCACGAUCGGCAUCGGUAGUCGAAUCGCCGUCGUCGGUGUCGUGCAUUGCCGAUCAAUGUCACGUGGUCCCUCGGCUUAUGGGAUCGGCCCCGUCGCCGUCGGAUGGGCUUGUCAAUCGUUCAUUAUCGUCCGUUUCGUCGUCGGUUCCGCCAGUUGUACCGUCAUGCUCGCCCCAAAGCUCCUCGCAAGUGAUGAAUUGCCAAACAGUAACUCCAAAUCAAUCUUUCGUUUCGAAAGCAUGCAUGUCAUCGGUGUUCAUGCUUACUGCCUACGUCAAAGUAAAACACGUUAAUGGCAGUUAUAUUCUCGCUCGCGCCUUGCUGGAUUGUGCUUCUGAAGCAAAUUUUGUAACAGAAUCUCUCGCUCAACGACUCUGUUCGAAACGCACGUCAGCAAAAAUCGAAGUGUACGGUAUUAGCCAAUCAGUCAAACAAGUGAAACACAAAACCAAUAUCACUGUGUCGUCACGAUCUGAAUCGUACACAACCACUAUGGAAUUCCUGAUAUUGUCUACAUUAACCAGGAUGCUGCCCACCACAACGGUGGAUAUCUCGAAAUGGGUCAUUCCACGCCACCUUCCGCUUGCUGAUCCUAAAUUCAAUGUCGCUCAUGACGUGGACCUCAUCAUUGGUGUCAAAAACUUCUUCUUAAUUUUGGAGAACGACCAAGUCUCGCUAGGCGCAGGUUUACCAGUGCUACGUAAAACAGUUUUCGGAUAUGUCGUUGCUGGUGAAGCUGAGCAGAAAACUGCUCCCACCGUUGUGUGUAACAUAACUUCGAUCGACAACUUGGAGUCGAUGGUUCACAAGUUUUGGGAGGUGGAGAGUUUCGAGAAGGGCAAGGCGCUAUCGUUAGAGGAGCUGUACUGCGAGAAUCAUUUUCGGAAGACACAUUCCAGAGCCUCUGAUGGUCGGUACGUGGUUCGUUUGCCGAUUCGUGGGGAAAUGCUUAACAUGUUGGGAGAGUCGUUCAAAAUCGCUGAACGCAGAUUCUCAGCGAUCGAGAGGAAGCUAUCGUCAGACCCACAACUACACGCAGAGUAUUCCAAGUUUAUGGAUUAG